UCUGGCUCCUCUGUGUGGCGGGACAUGGCGGCGGCGAUGGCGGCAGCAGCAGCAGCGGCGGCCUCAGCGGUCGGACCCGGACCCGGAGCGGCGGCCGCUCGCGUCUCUUGCGGCAGGGACCUGAGUUGUGUCCCGGAAGUGGCCGGCACUCUCGGAGCGGUGGCGCGACAGGGGUUUGAUUUCCUCUGCAUGCCCAUUUUCCAUCCCCGGUAUAAGAGGGAGUUUUUCCAGGAGCCAGCUAAAAAAAGGCCAGGUCCACAAACCCGUUCUGACUUGCUUCUCUCAGGGAGAGACUGGAACACACUGAUUGUAGGCAAACUGUCCCCAUGGAUCCGAGCUGAUUCCAAUGUGGAGAAUGUUCGCAGGAAUUCAGAGGCGGCCAUGUUGGAGGAACUGAAUUUUGGGGCAUACUUGGGGCUCCCAGCAUUCCUCCUCCCCCUGACACAGGCAGACAACCCUAACCUGGCACGUGUUCUGUGUAACCACAUCAACACUGGGCAUCAUACAUCAAUGUUCUGGAUGCGAGUGCCAUUGCUGGCCCCGGAAGAUUUGCGGGAUGAUGUGAUUGAAAAUGAGGCCAUACAGGGGGUGGAAGAAGAGUGUGCAGGCGAGGAGAAGACCUGGCAGUGGUGGCAUAACUUCCGGACACUGUGUGACUACAACAAGCGUGUUGCUGUAGCCCUAGAAGUGGGCCCUGACCUACCAUCCAAUCACGUCAUUGACCGUUGGCUGGGAGAGCCCAUCAAAGCUGCCAUACUACCCACCAACAUCUUCUUGACCAAUAAGAAAGGUUUCCCUGUUCUUUCCAAAAUGCAUCAGCGCCUGAUCUUUCGCCUCCUUAAGCUUGAGGUACAGUUCAUCAUCACAGGUGCCCAUCAUCACCCAGAGAAGGAGUUCUGCUCCUACCUACAGUACCUAGAAUAUCUCAGCCAGAAUCGCCCACCUCCUUCUGCUUAUGAGCUCUUUGCAAAGGGCUAUGAAGACUACCUCCAGUCACCUUUGCAGCCCUUGAUGGACAACUUGGAGUCCCAGACUUAUGAAGUAUUUGAGAAGGAUCCCAUUAAAUACUCCCAGUACCAACAGGCUAUAUACAAGUGCCUGCUAGACCGUGUGCCUGAGGAAGAAAAAGAAACCAAUGUCCAGGUUGUGAUGGUUCUGGGGGCAGGCCGGGGCCCCCUUGUGAAUGCUUCUCUGCGAGCUGCCCGACAGGCCAACCGGCACAUCAAGAUUUACGCCGUAGAGAAAAACCCCAAUGCUGUAGUGACGCUGGAGAGCUGGCAGUAUGAGGAGUGGGGUUCCCAGGUGACAGUGGUUUCCUGUGACAUGAGGGAAUGGGAGGCUCCGGAGAAGGCCGACCUCAUGGUGUCAGAACUGUUAGGGUCAUUUGCCGACAAUGAGCUCUCCCCCGAAUGUCUGGAUGGGGCAGAGCACUGUCUCAAAGAGGGGGGUGUCAGCAUUCCCUGUGGAUAUACCUCCUUCCUGGGCCCAAUCUCAUCCUCAAAGCUCUACAACGAAGUUCGUGCCUGUCGGGAGAAAGACCGUGAUCCUGAGGCUCAGUUCGAAAUGCCUUACGUUGUUCGGCUUCACAACUUCCACCAGUUAGCACCUCCGAAAGCCUGCUUCACCUUUAGACACCCCAGCCCAGGUCCUGUUAAAGACAACAACCGCUACCAGACGCUAGAGUUCCAAGUCGAUGUGAACACAGUGCUUCAUGGUUUUGCUGGCUACUUUGAGACCACAUUAUAUGGUGACAUCACUCUCAGUAUUCGGCCUGAGACUCACUCACCAGGCAUGUUUUCGUGGUUCCCUAUUUUUUUCCCCAUCAAGCAACCCAUGAAUAUCCAGGCAGGUGAACACAUCCAGGUGGCCUUCUGGCGUUGCAGCACCUCCAAGAAAGUGUGGUAUGAGUGGGCUGUCGUCUCCCCCAUGUCUUCGGUCAUCCACAACUCCACAGGACGCUCCUACACCAUUGGGCUCUGAGCAGGAGUCCAGUCUGUUUCCUUUUAAUGGGAUUCCCGUUGCUCCAGCACUGAGAUGCAGGGGAGCCUCUUCCACUCCAGAGUAGCAUGAAAGACUUGCUUUUUUCUACACAGAGGCAAAAGCUCUCCCAACUUUUGUUGGGUGUAGGUCAGAGGAAGGUCCUUUGCUUGGAUUCCUCCUCCUACAUUGAUCAUGUUUUUCUGGUCUGUGAAAUUUCAAUAAAUUCAUUGAAAUGUGUA